UUUUUGCCGUUUCCAUAUUGACAGCAUUUUAGCAGGUAUGUUGAAAUAUAUAUUGAUUGAAUUCAUUUUACGUUUCAAAAUGUAAAAAAAUAAGAGUAAACUUUAUUCUUCUUCUAUUUGAAAAACAAAAGCUUAAAAAAAAAUAGAAGGUAUGCUCAUGGUCAUAAUGAGAAAAGAUCCUAUUUGUUACUACAAAUAGAUUGCGACUGGAUAUUACUAUUAAGGAAAAAAAUUAAGGGUUACAAAAUAACAUCACAUAUCAUCACAUGUGAAGAUGCUGUUGGAUGUUAAAAUUUGGUCAACUGAAAUACUUUUAGGCUUUCAUACGAUAUAAGGUUAUGAUAUAUUGAUAUUGUGUGAAACCGAUAUAUAUUUAUAAUUAUGUCUAUUAUAUAUCGAUAUGUAUAUCGAUUUCCGAUAUAUCAUCAUGCAUCCCUAGUUAUGUCAACAUCGAAAUUGAUUGACAUUUGUGUUGUUGUUUGCAGGUUUUGCGGCUUUGUUUUCCGUGUAUAACGGAACAAGUCCAUACUGAAAAAAAAAAAAAAAAAAAAAAAAAAAAAUUAUUUAUUGGAAGUGUAAUGUUUGUGUCGUAAUAUUUAAUUAAUAUCUUGCUAUAAGAUAUAAAUGUAAUAUUUUUAGAAGUAACAGUAAACGUAUUGUCUUUAUAAAAUUCAGUAUAAAUUGACUUCUCAGAGGUGGCUGAAUGCUUCCUAACAAGAUAUUUUGUUUACUUGUUCAUUGCUUUAAUAGUUUUUUCAAUGGGUUCAUAUUGUAAGAAAUCUUCAGCCGAAUGGUUUAUCGAGCAGCUGAAUGUGGAAAAUGCUAAAUUGGUGGCUUUUGUUUUGGUGAUAGGUUUUAUUGGAUAUCAUGGUAUCUUACACCUUAGAUACGGUCCUGAUUCAUGUACAUGGCUGUUGUCAUCAGGACGGUAUAAAGGCAAUCAUGAAUGGCAGCCUUAUGGCUGCAUGUUACAUAGAUAUUCUAAAACAGAUGCAAGAAGGUGUCUACGAUACUUAGCUUUUUGGGGCAAAUAUAACAGCUUUGCAUUCAUUGGUGAUGCUAGACUGGAACAGUUAUAUGAGUACUUUAUAGGAGUAUUAAAAACUCGUCAUGAUAUGGACACAUCAUACUCAACUGUGGACCAUCAUAUGCCGAACUAUACAUAUGAAGAUCACAAGCUGAGGUUAUCAGUAACAUUCAUAUGGAGUGAUGAUGUUUCCAAGACAAUGGUUGAUCAAUUUAGGAGUUGGCAACAUUCUGAUAGACCUCCUUCAGUGAUAGUGGCAACAACUGGUCUACAACUACUUAAAACAAGAAAUACAACUGACCUCCUAAUAGAGGAGUACAAAAGGAAUCUCACACACUUGGUGCAAGCUAUAGAUUCGCUUGCGGCCCGCAACACACAGGUGCUAUGGAAACUAAUGGAAGCUGUAGAUGCGACGAAAUUGAAGAAUGAUGAUAAGAGGAUCAGUAAUGCUGAUAUUGAUUCUUAUAAUAGAGCUGCCGUUGAGAUACUGAGUCACAGCGCGGCGCGGCUAUGGGGAUCAGCGCGUCUAGUGUCGCUGGGCGCGGGGGAACUAGACUCGGGUACUGUACUGUCAAGUAUGGCGUUACGUCACAGCGCGCAGAUCUUGCUCAACAUGUUCUGUAACGAUCACAUGAACUUCAACGAUGGCUCCUGCUGCGCCCUGCCCGAGCCCUACACGCCGCUCCAGCUGCUCACCUUCGCGCUCUUUCUGCUCUGCGCAGUGGUGAGCAUAGUUCGGUUAAUAUGGCAAUGGGCAUCGACCUUGGGCCCGCGAUCCGGCGGAUACACCUCCCUCCACCAGCCCAAGCCGCCACCCUCCCCAGUCGCGGCACUCGCUAGACUCGGCAUGAUCAUGGCCUACUUCUACCUGUGCGAUAGAACCAAUUUCUUCAUGAAAGAGAACAAGUAUUACUCAGAGUGGAGUUUCUGGCUUCCCGUCGGAUAUGUGUUCGCUCUAGGACUUUUCUUCACGGACGACUCCAGGUCCAGCAAUUUCAUACCGCUAGUCUCCUUUUGGUACACUUUGAUGUUUGUGAUAUUCGCCCUGCCACCUCACAUAUCGCCCGCAUCCUCUCACACAAUGGAAUCUAAACCUUAUCAGUAUCUAUACAUAGCGUUGAAAGUCAUCGGUUUGCUGACCAUCGUCACUGUGUUGUACAUCAGCGAGGUAUUCUUCCAGAAGAUAUUUGUUACUAGACCAUGGAAGGCUUUAUUUGUGAACUCUGACGAUGAUAUUCAUCAGUGGUGGUUGAGGUGGAAGCAAGACAGGUACUCCAUGACGUUCGGAAUAAUAUUCGCUAUAGCGUAUCUACUCGCCCAACGAUAUAACUUACUGAACGAUAACAACCACAGCAACCUGUUUACUCCAGGUAUAUCUCUGAGUGCCACUUUACUAGCUUUCAUAGGCCUAGGCAGUUACGUCACAUUUACAUUCUUCUGCACUAAUACAUACGACUGCAACGAAAUACACAGCUACGUCGCAUUUUUACCCAUUAUCAGUUACAUAAUAUUGAGAAACGUUUCCGGUGCGUUAAGGAUGAGACAUUCUAGUAUGUUCGCAUGGUUCGGCACUAUAACCUUAGAGUUAUUCGCCAGUCAAUCCCAUAUUUGGUUGGCGGCGGAUACACAUGGGGUCCUAGUGUUGAUCCCUAGCGCACCCAUUUUGAAUUUGAUAUUGACCUCUUAUAUUUUCGUGUGCGCCGCCCACGAGAUUCAUAAGUUGACUGCGGUAAUAUUACCGUACGCGGUGCCGGACGAUUGGAAGUUGGUUUUGAGGAAUUUCGCUAUUUUCCUAGCGAUUUUGGUACCUAUUGGUAUACACGAUGGUAUGUUUUGAAGUGUUAUGGACCAGUGUAAAGGUGUGUUUUCACUAGAGCUAUGAUUUUACAAUAUAUAUUUAAAAGUUUAAAUAUAUUACUAUCGACUAUAGACAAUUGUCGACAGCAAGGCAGACAGAAGUUUAA